AUGGCGGCCAUGUCGCCUCUGAGUCUCUCUAUAGCGCUUGCUCUCUCACUAUCUACGACGUCUGUUACGGCAAAAGGAAAUUACUCCGCGCCCGACCUCGAAUCUGGGUUGUUCUCCGCCUUCGAUGAUCGGCCGGGCGACUGUCCGCCCUGUUUCAACUGCCAGCUUGAUGCCUUCCAAUGCACCCAGUUUGCUUCCUGCGAUAAAUAUUCGGGGAAAUGCGUAUGUCCACCUGGAUUUGGAGGCGAUGACUGCUCGAAACCUGUCUGCGGAUCACUGGCCGAUGGGCAUCAACGGAAUCCCCGGCAAGACAAGUACUGUGAAUGUAAGGAUGGCUGGGAGGGCAUUAACUGCAACGUCUGCAAAACCGACGAUGCCUGCAAUGCCAUGAUGCCCGAGGGCGAAGGAGGAGUGUGUUACAAACAAGGCGUAACGGUGAACGAAAAUUUCCAGAUCUGUGACGUAACAAACCGGAAGAUUCUGGAUCUGUUGAAGGAGCGCAAACCUCAGGUAACCUUCUCCUGUGCAGCCGAGGAUAAAUCCUGCAAUUUCCAGUUCUGGGUCGACCACGUCGAGUCGUUUUAUUGUGGCUUGGAUACGUGCACCUGGGAUCUGCAAACCAACUACAAUCAAAACAAGACCCAUUACCAUUGCGAUAACAUCCAGUGCAAGUGCAUUCCAGGGCGAAUGCUCUGUGGCGAGGAAGGUUCCAUCGAUAUCGGAGAGUUCCUCACACAGUCUAUCAAGGGUCCGGCGACCUUUGAAUCCACGUCCACCAUUGGUGGUGGCUCCCAGGAUGGCAGCCGGUUCCAGGAACCGGCUAUGGAUGAUUUGAUCAAAAGCAUCUUUGGAGAUGAAAGUAUUACGCUCAAGUGCAAUUCGGGCGAGUGUCUUUACAAAACAGACGUCCCAGGAUAUACGCGCCCCGUUAAACAGAUCAAUACCCCGCUUAUCGCCGGCGUCAUUGCUGGCUGUUCCCUGUUUGUGGUCGCCGUCAUUCUGGGGCUGUGGUAUCAAUCUCGCCGAGCGUACCAUGGCCGUAUUCAGUUACCCCUGACGGAAGACUCAGACGAUGAAGCGUCUAAACUUUUGGCUGAGCACCGCCCUGCCGCCUUGUACUGGAGCAAUGUGUCAUACCACGUGAAUGGAAAGGAAAUCCUUUCUGGCAUCCAAGGUGCAGCACGGCCAGGGCAGAUUACGGCUAUUAUGGGCGCUUCCGGUGCCGGCAAGACAACCUUCCUCGACCUGCUAGCCCGCAAGAACAAGCGGGGCACGGUGCAAGGCGAUUUCUAUAUCAACGGCGAGAAAGUGGAGGACUCCCAGUUCAAGAAUAUGAUCGGCUUCGUGGACCAGGAGGACACCAUGCUCCCCACCUUGACUGUCCACGAAACUAUUCUGACUAGCGCCUUGCUACGUCUUCCUCGAGACAUGAGUCGGGGUGCCAAAGAACAGCGCGUGUUCGAAGUCGAAAAGCAACUUGGGAUUUUCCACAUCAAAGAUCAGCUCAUUGGCUCCGAGGAAGGCCCAGGCCGAGGCAUUUCCGGGGGUGAAAAGCGUCGCGUUGGAAUCGCUUGCGAGCUCGUCACCAGCCCAAGCAUUUUGUUCCUUGAUGAACCGACCAGCGGACUGGAUGCUUUCAACGCGUUCAAUGUGGUGGAGUGUCUUGUGACCCUCGCAAAGACUUACAACCGUACCGUGAUUUUCACCAUCCAUCAACCGCGAUCCAACAUCGUGGCUCUCUUCGACAGGCUGAUUCUCCUCGGCCAGGGCAAGACCGUCUAUUCUGGCCCAUUCUCGACCUGCCAGCAGUACUUUGAUGAAGCCGGAUACUCUUGCCCGCCGGGGUUCAAUAUCGCCGACUACUUGGUGGACCUCACUAUGCAUGCUAGCGCUCGUCAUUUCCAUAGUGACGAAGAGGAGCCUCAUCUACUGGAAGUUCAUGGGGAUCCUCCCAAGACCGCUUCAAGCAGUCUGAGAGCAGUCAAGUCCGUCGCCAGCGCAUCCAAUGCAAGCUUUGAGGAGCACUCGAGCAGCACUAUUGAACACACUCGCCGGCCCAAGAGUAAACGCAGGGUUUCUCUCAAGCAACGGCAGGAUCGUCAGCUUUACUCCCGGCGCAGAGACCCAGAUGCUCCGCCCACCCCACGAACCGACGAGGAGGACGCAGACACCGAAGAGAUGGAUGAAGGAGGCAACCGAACCCAACAGUGGCUCCGGCUCUCGCGCCAGCACGGUCAUGCUCCUUCCCAGGUCCUCGAUGACCCAGACCACCUUCUUCCGGCCGCACCCGGCCAGACAGACCUCGACAUGAUGGUUGCGCACUAUGCGGCAUCCAAUGUCGCGCGCUCUGUGCGCGACGAGAUUGUUAUCGCAAUUCAGAACGCCCGUGCUGCCAACGGAUCCGCGAACCCGGAGAUUCCUUCCGCUCCUCAUGCUACUACCGUCACCAAGGGUUACGCGCGCAUCAGCCUUGGUCGACAGUUCAUUAUCUUAUCGCAACGCACAUGGAAAAACCUUUACCGCAACCCGAUGCUCAUGCUUACCCACUAUGCCAUCUCUAUCCUCCUGGCCGUCCUGUGUGGAUUUCUCUUCUACGGACUCACGGAUGACAUCAAGGGAUUCCAGAAUCGGCUCGGCCUUUUCUUCUUCGUUCUCGCCUUGUUUGGUUUCAGCACCUUGACCAGUCUUACUGUGUUCUCAGCGGAGCGUCUUCUCUUUGUCAGGGAACGCGCCAAUGGCUACUACCAUCCGGUGACCUAUUUCGCGGCCAAGGUGGUGUUCGACAUUGUUCCUCUGCGGCUCCUCCCGCCCAUCAUUAUGGGUAUCAUCGUGUACCCAAUGACAGGACUGAUCCCCGCGUGGCCCGAGUUUUUCCGGUUCAUUUUGGUUUUGGUCCUUUUCAAUCUCGCCGCGGCUACGAUCUGCUUGUUCAUCGGGAUUGUGUUCCGCGAUGGGGGUGUGGCUAACCUGAUUGGAAGUCUGGUGAUGCUGUUCAGUCUCUUAUUCGCUGGUCUUUUACUCAACCAUGACGCGAUUCCCCCAUCUGCGUUGUGGUUGCAAGCCCUUUCUAUCUUUCACUACGGCUUCGAAGCUUUGAUUGUCAACGAAGUGACGUAUCUGACCUUGAUCGACCACAAGUAUGGUCUCGACAUUGAGGUUCCGGGCGCGUCCAUUCUCAGCGCUUUUGGAUUUGAUACCCUGGCCCUCUGGACCGAUGUGAUCGGGCUCGCCAUCAUCUCGGGGGUGUUCCUUGUGAUUGCAUAUGCAGCGAUGCAUCUCUUGCUUGUUGAGAAGCGGUGAUUGAUGCUACGAUAUGUCGUAGUAGCUUUAUUUUUUUUUUUUGUAUUCUUUAGCUGUGUUUUUGCGAUUUUGAGUCUCUCGAUUUCCGUCUCCAGGGCGGUUUGGGUCUUAAUGUUGACAUGAUAAUGUGAAGUAACUAUCAUUUUCUUUUUCGUCAUAGAUGAGUCGAACAAGUGUAUAUAGCUCUGAAAACCAAGACAAGUGCGUCUUUUCUCUUGUGUAGCCAUAUUCUUCUUCUUGUGCUGGAUAGGAAGAUCAGAGAGAGAAGCACGUGAUCCCCG